GUUCCCAGGUGUGGCCGGUGGAGGGGCAGCAGUGAGCAGGGCGGCGCUGAGGCCGUCACAGAUAAGGCCUGAGAAGAAGAGGUUAGCUAGUUUCUGCAGCUCGCUGUUUGCUUUGGAUCAAGAUGCCGGCUGUCUGGCGUCGUCCAGGCGGGUUCUGACCGACCGAUGCCUUCAUCAUGAUGCUGAGCUGCAGCGCCCUGGUCCUCGCCCUCCUGGUGUCGCAGACCAGGAGCUUCCUGACCUCAGAGGACGACGGUGUCCCUGAAGAGUGGGUUCUCCUCCACGUGGUUCAGGGCCACAUCGGGGCAGGGAACUACAGCUACCUACGCCUCAACCACGACGGCAGAAUCAUCCUGCACAUGCAGAGCCUCAAGGGGGACGCAGACCUCUACGUGUCGGAUAAAACCCUGCAGCCGAGCUACGACACCUACAAGCUGCAGUCCGCCACCUGCGGCCAGGACGUGGUGGUGGUGCCCGGGGACUUCGUGAGGCCUGUCGGCAUCGGCAUUUACGGCCACCCGUCUCACCAGGAGAGCGAGUUUGAAAUGCGGGUGUUCUACGAUCAGACGGUGCCCCUGAAUCCGUUUGACGCAGGCUUGCACACGUCAGAGGACGGACACGAGCCAAAGCAGCCGCCCCAGGCUGCGGAUGAGAAAGAGGCCUCGAUCGUUUGGACAAUUCUGAUUGGACUUUUGAAGAUUAUACUGGAGAUUUUGUUUUGAAAACGGGGAUAUUCCUUGCUGCUGUGACAGGGGGAAGAGACUCGGUUCCUGGUUCACUCGGCCUUGAUAAAUUAAAGAUUUAUUUUUCCUUUCAUUCUGUAAGGAUGAGAAAAUGUCCCACAAAACCUCAGUUAGAAUUCAGGCAUUUUAAACUGGAAAAAACACACUUGAUCAAAAAGAGAGAUAAAUGAGAAUGUCCCUCGGUGGAGCUCAAACAUCCACCAAGACCCAAAUGUCUCUAGAAUCCAAUCAAGCUGCACCAAAUCACCGAAUCAUAGAUAUCAGUCCUGUGAUUGGACCUGAAUUAUUCUGCUGGAAAAGUAUGAAAAUGAUAAGAAACGUCUUCUCUCACAUUGUUUAAGAAGCUGUAACCACACAAACAUAACCUCCUCGUGGAGAUGGUCAGUUUUUAAAUUAGAAGCUGGAUCACUUGAGUUCACCAGUGAAGCUCGACCAAUCAGAAAACGUCUGUAUGUUUGAUGUUAAGUGAUUAAACAUGAGCAGAGUUCUCAUUCAACUGGAGAGUGAAGUGAGUUAAGUUCAAAUUAAACUUUUAGGUUCGCUGCAGUUUUUUUGAUUGAAUUGCAGUUCAACCAAUAGGACAAGAGGAGGGGGGGGGUGUAUCUUUCUUAAAACAUGAUCGAGCACUGAAGAUGAGCGACUGAGAUCUUACUGAAUUCCACUGAAACUCACAUGUCUGAAAGCAAUUAGUGUAGAUACUGGGACGCCCCCCCCGCCCCCCCAAUCAAAGCUAGCAUUUAUGCAAUUAAGCUGGUCAGACCACAUCCAGACGUGGAAUUAGAACAUUGAAUACCUCUAUUACAUUCAAAUGAUCAGGUUCAUCUGGUUAACUGGGGUCAACUCACUGAAAUAAGGUGAUUGGAUCAAGAAGAGGGUUUAAGAGGGUUUGACCUUUUUUUAUUUGGAAACUUGUCACCGAAUCACUUCUGUGUUUUUUGUUUCGGUGCAAACUGAUCUCAGAUUUUCAUGUUUCUUUGCUGAGCUGUCAGAGGAGUGAACUACAUCCUGUCUCCUCAGACUCUCUAACAGCCUGUCCCCGAGCAGGGAGACGACUGCAGCACCGUUCACACCUGGUGUCAACAUCUGUCCUGAGGGAUCCUGUCACAAGUGUCCAAGUUCAGAUCACCCGCUGUGCAUUGACUCUUCAGAACCACCUCGUUCCUGAGUCGUGAAGCUGUUGGUGUGUUUGAAAUCCCAAAUGUGGAGAAAGAAAAAGAUGGACACUGUAAAUAACAUGUUGCAUUUGUGUUCUGAGCUUUGACACAACACGUUGACUCCUCUGAACACUAUUUAUAUACCAGAGCAGAGAGAGAGGUUCAACAUUAAGUUCAUUGGUUUGUGAGCAGAGACAUCAACAAGUUGUGUAUCAAGCUUUAUAGGUUGUUGUUCUGAGACAACGGCGAAAUCAAAUUCUCUCCAAUUCCGACACCACAUGGACGCACAAUCUGAGGUGUUCUGUGCUGCGUGUGCUCUCUUUCAUUUGAUUGUGUGAACAGACACACACCAAAGGACUCAGCUACAGCUACACACACUGGAAGAAUAGAGUAAUCUCAGGAAUAGAGCGAUGAGAAGGAUGCAUUUGACCAUCAGGCGUGAACAGAUGAACUUACAGCUGUCUACUUGUGAGCAGAUCUCUCAGGAAGUGGGGUGGUGGACCCGGUGUGAGACCCGGUGUGAGACCCGGAGUGAGACCCGGUGUGAUCGGAGCCUCUGAGCGUUGAACAGGAACCUCUCCGUCAGCUCCUCGCUCAUCUUUAAAACUAAUUUAGCAUCAGGCAGAGAUGACAGCUGUGUGUGUCUCUCGCCUGUGAAUGAAAACCACUUGUCUUAACUCUGCAUAUCACACAGGAAACUUAGCAAUACCCUGAUUGUCAGCCCUUUAUCCUGGAGGCUCCUUCAGGAUACCCGUGCUGCUCUGUUUUCAUGUACUUGCUGAAUUUCCCCUCUAGACAGGAACCUCUGGUCCACAGCGACGUUUCAUUUGGUUUUGAUGGUUCACUUUGUUUCACCUGUUGGACGAGCUCCUGAGUUAAACACCCCCUCCUCCAGCUUCAGAGGAGGUCAGCUACCGUUCACCACUGAGCAGAAAUGUUCACCAGUGCCUUCAGACCCUUCCUGUGCCGGGAGGAGCAGCCAAACAGUUUCCCUGUUUCCAGAGACGAUUCUGUCUGGUUUACAAAAUAAAACUCUUGUCAUACAGACUGUUUAAACC